UAGGACAAGUACAAAGGAAAAGCAGGUAAAACCAAAGGAAAGUCGAUCACCAAAACCAGGAAAAUUAACAUUCGACAUCGAAUUCAUCGUCACACUCACACAUAAACAAACUGCCACACUUGUAGUUGUUCAUCUCUUCGGAAUUUCCAAAGCACCACCACCACACUUCUUCCAUCAUAGAUCACACUACUACAUUAACAAUUUAACAUACAUACAUACAUAAUUACAUAUUACAUAACCAAAUCUUAUUUCUUUCAGACAUUUUCUCGAACACCUUACGUGCAAACAAACACACCCAGAAGAGAGAGACACAGGAAAAGAAAAACAAGACAUGGCCGCCAUUUCUGGAGCUCUUUUCAAGCCACUUAGUUCUUCCGGUGACCAGAAAAUCUCUGUUUUCAGACAAUGUAAUUACAUUCCUCAAAAAAUGGGAUCUUUUCAGCCCCACAAUUAUGUGGGUUCUCAAUGUAGAUCACUCAGGUCUUUUACUUCCUCAGGGGUGAGAGCUCAAGUUGCCAUUGUAGAACAACCAAGCAUUGAAGUGGCACAAAAUGUGGAAGCUUCUGUUGCUAUUGUUACUGGAGCAUCUAGAGGUAUUGGCAAAGCAACAGCACUAGCUUUGGGGAAAGCUGGCUGCAAGGUCCUGAUUAAUUAUGCAAGGUCAUCAAAGGAAGCUGAAGAAGUCGCCAAGGAGGUAGAGGCUUGUGGUGGGCAAGCUCUUACUUUUGGAGGUGACGUUUCACAAGAAGCAGACGUGGAGUCCAUGAUGAAAGCUGCAAUUGAUGCUUGGGGAACUGUUGACAUAUUAGUGAACAAUGCAGGAAUUACCAGGGACGGACUGCUGAUGAGAAUGAAGAGAGCUCAAUGGCAGGAUGUCAUUGAUCUGAAUCUUACUGGUGUAUACCUCUGUACACAGGCUGCAGCUAAAAUUAUGAUGAAAAAGAAGAAGGGAAGAAUAAUCAACAUAACCUCUGUAGUUGGCCUAAUUGGAAAUGCAGGACAGGCAAAUUACAGUGCUGCGAAAGCUGGAGUAAUUGGCCUCACUAAAUCAGUUGCAAAGGAAUAUGGAAGCAGGGGAAUCAAUGUUAAUGCCAUUGCACCAGGGUUCAUUGCAUCUGACAUGACUGCAAAGCUUGGGGAAGAUAUUGAGAAAAAGCUCUUGAAUGCUAUCCCUUUAGGUAGGUAUGGCCAACCAGAAGAAGUUGCUGGGUUAAUAGAGUUUUUGGCCCUUCAUCCGGCAGCCAGUUAUAUAACUGGACAGGUGCUAACAAUAGAUGGAGGAAUGGUUAUGUGAAAUACUUGUGAUAAUGUGAUCCCAAAUUGAGGCUGAAGGCGCCUCGAAAUUCUCAUUGAAACUGCCUAUAAAUGUUCUUGCCUAAGCCGAAGUAACUAACUGUUCUAUAAGAACCACUGCAGUUUGGCCGAAAGGAGAAGCAAUGCUACUAGAAGAACUAUUGAUGUAACAUCAAACUGUCAAUUGUUUAUCUUCUUUUUUAUUGCUUUUAGAAAUUGAUAAUUUGGAAUUAUUAUAUUUUUCGACUCAAUAGCUUUCCGCUGUAAUGUACUCCUUUCGUUUCUUUUUAAUCUACGCACUUUCCUUUUUGAUCCA